AUGGCAAGGGCAUCAUCAUCUCUAUUUCGAAUCUUGAAGCUCCAUUCUCACUCACCCACCUCUCUUUCCCAAAUACUGCGUCGUUUCAGCAGCUCCUUCAAAGGACGAACUGCUACUUCUACUUCUACUGAUGGUGCUGCUAGUUUCAAUUUCAAUGAUGAAGGAGAAGAAAGGAAAAUGGAGAAUGGGAAUCCGCCGAAUCCCAUACCAAAUAGGCCUCUAAGAGGUGAGAGACCUAAAUUUAACAUUAACAAUAACAAUAACUAUAGCAAUAGAGGAGGAGGGGAGGAAGACGAGGAGAAAGAGGAGGAGGAACUGGAACAGGAGGACCUAACUUUAACACUAACCCCCCGGCCUAAGCCCCAAACAGAUGAUUUUAAUCAUAUCUCUGAUGAUGUUUUUCUCGAUAAAUUCAAGCUCCGUCCUGACCAUAACAACAACAAGAAGGAUAGUAAUCCUCCUCCCGCGACUGACACUGACACUGCUGCUGCUGCUAAAAACGAACAAGAAAGCAGCACUUCCUCUUCCGAACCCCCACAAGAUGCUAAAGACAUCUUCAACAAAAUGAAGGAAACUGGGCUCAUCCCCAGUGCUGUCGCCAUGCUUGAUGGCCUCUGCAAGGAUGGCCUUGUCCAAGAAGCCAUGAAACUCUUUGGCACUAUGCGUGAGAAAGGCACCAUCCCUGAAGUUGUUAUUUACACUGCUGUUGUCGAUGGGUUUUGCAAAGCACACAAGCUUGAUGAUGCCAAGAGGAUUUUCAGGAAAAUGCAGUCCAAUGGGAUCACUCCUAAUGCUUUCAGCUAUGCUGUCUUGAUUCAGGGACUCUCUAAAUGUGACCUCUUUGAUGAUGCUAUCGAUUUCUGUCUCGAAAUGUUGGACGCUGGUCACUCUCCCAAUGUUACCACUUUUGUUGGAUUGGUUGAUGGCUUAUGUAGGGAAAAGGGAGUUGAAGAAGCCAGGACUGUUAUUGGAACAUUGCGCCAAAAGGGAUACUAUGUUCAUGACAAAGCUGUUAGAGACUUUUUAGAUAAAAACAAACCGCUUUCUUCCUCUGUUUGGGAAGCAAUUUUUGGCAAGAAACCUUCACACAAACCAUUUUGA